CGAACACUCGACUCAAUUUCAACCAAAUCUUGAAAGAUACGAAGCGAAAAUCCAUACUGCUUGCGCACAAAUCACAAUGACACCACCAAAUCCAACCACCACCAGCUCUAAGCGACGUCGACCGGUAUAUACGAAAUUCACCGACGAUUCGCGCGGACGAAUCGAUCCCCCACCACCACCUGGUCCUGCGCGCAAACCUAUAUCACUCGCUGAACUCGAAGAGAUAUGCGCUUCCUGGGACUUUCCCCGAGGGGGGAUCAGCUCGCUCACACCUUGGACCAUGCUGAGCGCCUCCUCUAUGACACGAGUACAGGGCCGUGGAAAGAUGAGCGGGACCAAAAAAGGAGCCCGCGCCGGAGUUUUAUGACCGAGAUUCGAUACCUGUUACGCAGAAAAGUAGAUGGGUUGGUCUUGGUGUGACAACAACCGGUUCACUCCCUAGAGGUGUAGUUUGUCAUUUGCCCAUCUACCUGUAGAUUCCUGUUCGAUUCCUGACCAAGGCACUUUGCGGGUAUGUCGAGCUCGUCGAGAGGAAUGCUGAAUACGGUAGCACAGUACGCCAGCCGCCAUAGGCGUAGGACUUGGUACCGGCUCAUCUACUUAAGUUUAUCCAUGUUAACACAGCACGAAGGGCG